AACUCUGCGCUUGCGCAGCUGCCGAAACGCCGCAGGAAUGGCUCUUUGCAGCGUCUGCUGCGGUCCCUGGUCGUCCUAGGGUCACGGAGAACUGCGACCCUGUGGAUUUCCGGGGGGAAGAGGGUGGCUUGAAGGUGUGACGCGCUUGCUGGUGGCCGAGGCGAAUGUGCUGGGCAGAAAGUGACACUGUUUAGCGAAUUCCCAGCCCUGGGCUCGGGCUGUCGUGACUGUCAUGCUCCAGAGUUACUGAGAGCUGGUUCUUCAAGCUCCAGAGGCCCCUCGUGUUCAGUUGAGUCACCAAGUCCUGUGUUUGACCUGUGGUCUUCUGGGGCGGCAGAACUUCGCUGAGCUUCUGACAGAGCAGAAGGUUCUUCACUGCCCUGAGAUCACAAGUGUCAUAUGUAUGCGAGACUUUGUCAUGGGAAACAGCUGCUACAUGGUGGUAACUGUGCUGCUGGUGGUGGGCACCGAAAGGACGAGAGCCCUGCGGGAUUCCUGUGACAAGUGUGAGGCUGGUACUUUCUGCAAGAAAGACAAUCCAGUUUGUACCAGCUGCCCUCCAAGCACUUACUCCAUCAGGGGUGGACAGCCAUACUGCAACAUCUGCAAAGUGUGUGUAGGUUAUUUCAGGUUGAAGAAGCCUUGCUCCUCGACCAGUGAUGCAGAGUGUGAAUGCACCGAGGGACUCCACUGCUUGGGGCCAAAGUGUGCCAGGUGUGAAAAGGACUGCAAGCCAGGCCAAGAGUUAACAGAGCAGGGUUGUAAAAACUGUGGCUUCGGGACAUUUAAUGAUCAGAACGGUGGUGGCAGCUGUCGACUCUGGACAAACUGCUCUCUAGUUGGAAAGUCCGUGCUUGAGAACGGGACCAAGGAGAAGGACGUGGUCUGUGGGCCCACUUUGGCCAGCCUCUCUCCAGUUACCUCCCCCCCCACCGCCGUGCCGGCCCCCGGAGGGCUCCCCUUGCAGGUCCUUACCGUGUUCCUGGCGCUGACCUCGGCCAUACUGCUGUUCCUGCUCUUCAUCAUUCUCUGGCUCGUGGUGGCCAGAUGGAGCGGCAAGAAAUUCCCCUACAUAUUCAAGCAACCAUUUAAGAUGGCCGCUCGAACGGCUCAAGAGGAAGAUGGGUGUAGCUGCCGAUUUCCAGAGGAAGAAGAAGGAGGAAGCUAUGAGAUGUGAUGUGCCAUCCCAGGAGAUGUGGGGGUCCUCAGGAAAUCGAGGAGCAGCACAAGAACCCCACUGUCCUUUCCCAACACCAUCCUAGACAAUGUGCAAGUGCUCACCCCAUCCAAGCCUCUUCUAAUGCUAAUGGAUUUGUCUUUACCAUUUUUAAAUUUUUAUUUUUAAACUUUGUGUAUGAGUGUUUUGCCUGUGUGUGUGUGUGUGUGUGUGUGUGUGUGUGCACUCAUGCACACACACCAUGUGGUUCCUGAUGCCAGCUGAAGCCAGAAGAGAGGGUGUUGAAUCCACAGAAAUUGAAGCUAUGGAUAGUUGUGUACUGGGAACCAAACCUGUGUCCUUCGCAAGGGCAGCCAAUGGUCUUAACCACUGAGCCAUCUCUCCAGCACUGCCCUGGACAUUUUUAAUAGGAGUGUGGGAAGAGUAUGAGGUGAAAGACCAAUUUUUGGAUUCUCCUUAAUAAGAUAUAUAUAAUGCUGGGUGUGAAGGUGCACACCUUUAAUCCCAGCACUAGGGAGCCAGGAGAAGGCGAUUCUCUGUGAGUUCCGGGCCAGCCAGGGCUGUACAGAGAAACCAUGUGUCAAAAAACAAACAACUAGCCAGGUGGUGGUGGCACACGCCUUUAAUCCCAGCACUCGGGAGGCAGAAUUGGAGGUCAGCCUGGUCUACAGAGCAAGUUCCAGGACAGGCUCCAAAACUACACAGAGAAACCCUGUCUCAACAAAACAAAACAAAACAAAAAACAACUAAAAACCAACCCCCCCACACAAAAAAAACUCCAAGAUAUAUAACCUAAUCUAAAGAAAAUGGCAGUUUCAGUUGGAUUACAUGGACCAGUGGUCCAGCUAAAAUCCUUGUAAAAUCAAUGUAGGUGUGUGUGUGUGUGUGUGUGUGUGUGUGUGUGUGUGUGUGUGUGUGGUGUAGGUGUAAAUAGGAUGCAUGUAUGGCUCUAUGUAAUAAGCAGCAUGUUUCCCCACCCAAAUUUCCCCAGGUUUCUCACUUACUACACCACUUCCCUCCACUGUCUGGAGAGUGGGAGGCCCCGUGUUCCCGUGUCCCCAUCUGGAAAAGGCCUGUCAGAAUUUGAGGGGGAGCUUCAGAGGAGUUCACAUGUGUGUCUCUCCUGUGUCCUCUCCCUCCCCACACUUCUGCUGCUCUGUGUCAGGCUCAUCAGUAAACAUACCAACCAGGAAAGGCACAAAACACUGAGAAGAGGGAACACCUGUGACCUCACCGGAGCAAGGCCUCCCCACCCCCACCUCGCCCUCACCCCACCCCACCCCGCCAUGGUCAAACAUGGCUGCUGCUUCCCUUUAUGUGGCUCCUGUACAGCUUAAGAGCUAAAAAUGGUUUUAAAUCUUAUUUAUUUAUUUAUUUGAGACACGAUCUCACUGGGUAGCCCUGGUUGGCCUAGAACUCACUCUGUAGAUCAGACUGGCUCAAGCUCACAGAGAUCCACCUGCCUCUGCCUCCAGAGUACUGGAAUUCAAACUGUGCACCACCAUGCCCAGCUAUCCUUUCAAUUUUUAAAAUUAUAAAAAUUGAGCUCUUGCGAAAUUUGAGCCUGUUUUUCUCUUCCUGUUUAUUUUGUUUGUUUGUUUUUGGUUUUUUUAAAGGUUUAUUUAUUCAUUAUGUAAACAGUGUUCUGCCUGCAGGCCAGAAGAGGGCGCCAGAUCUCAUUACAGAUGGUUGUGAGCCACCAUGUGGUUGCUGGGAAUUGAACUCAGGACCUCUAGAAGAACAGCCAGUGCUCUUAACCUCUGAGCCAUCUCUCCAGCCCUGGUUUUUUGUUGUUGUUGUUGUUUUGUUUUGUUUUUCUUUUCUGUUUUUCUCGAUUCCAAAAAUCCUUAUCGUGUAGUUAGGUACCCCCUAACUGUGGUGAGUGUUUUUGAGCGUUCCGAUAUCAUGCUGUGUGGAAGCAGCUUGCUUUAGUCAUCAGAACUGUAUUUAUAACUCCCGUUGCUGUGUAGAGCACCAAGGGGUGUCCCUUCUGCAGAGACCAGUCUGUCCUCUCCAGAGCUAUGUUCGGGAUCUUCAGUCACUGGUUCUUUUACUGUUUUACCCAAGUUCUUUUACUGUUGUCUGGGCGGGAGAGUCACCAGGGAGACAGACUGAAAGUAGAAUAAUUGCUGGGCCUCAGGGCAGAUGCCUUCAUCAGUUAGGAUGAGCCCUGUUAUGCAGAAAUAAUAAGUGACACCUGCAUCCCGGUGGAGUCCAGCGAAAUGGAGGGACAUUUCUUUUUGAGUGUGUGUGGGUGUGUGGGUGUGUGUGUGUGAACCGGAUGUCAACCUCGAGUGCUGUUCUUCAGAUCUCUUACUGAUCUAGGGCUCGGCUGGCUGGUCCAGGAGCCCCAGGGUUCUCCCAGGCUCCACUUCCCCAGGGCUGGGAUUACAAGUGUGUGUUACCACACUUGGCUUUUUCUCGUGGGUUCUGAGGACUGAACUUGGGUUCUCACGCUUGCACAGCAUGCACUUAACCGGGCGAGCAUCUCCCUCGUCCGCCAAACUCAUCUCUUACUGUGAUCACAGGCCCCUUCUAGCUGUGGCUCUGUCUGUUACAAGCUUUGAAAGCUUGGAUCCCAGCUGGUGGCUGCUGAGGCUUUAGGAGGUGAGCCUGGCUGGCAGGAGAUUUAGGGCAGUUCCUUGACGGUUCUACGUGUCCCCGGUCCCAGCCUGCUUUCUCGGCUCCCUGAACCACUCAGCGUGAAGGAGCCUUCCACAGCUGCUCCUGCUGCUGUGAAUGCCACCAUAUACUCCUGGUACCAUGCCUUCUCUGCUGCGAUGGACCAAAAUCCCCCCGAAACCAGGAGCCAAACAAACUCUUCCUGCCCCAGACUGCGCUGUUCAGGUGGUCCAUCUUAGCAACACCGUAAACAACGUCUGUGCGUGUUCUGUCUCCACAACACCACAAACAACGUCUGCAUCCUUUGUAAGCUGUCUCUUUGACCUGGGAGGAGGGAGCAGUUUCUACUUGGAAUGUUGGGCACCUAUAGCAAAGAGGGGUUUGCCACUUCAGACAUAUAUGAUUGGUUAGAUGCUAACCUUUGCAGCCAGGCACAUAGCUGAGCCAGGCAAUAAAUACAGUAACUAGGUGGGCGUGGCGGCACAUGCUUUUCUGAGCGUUGGUCUGUCAUGCUGCUGCCUUCUUGCCGGCAUCUGACUGCUUUAAUGACUGACAACCUCCCUGCCCUGGCUAUCAUCAGACUCCCUUAUCUUGUCAGUGUGGUAGUACAAAUAGCAUUUACUGUAGUCUUAUUUUGUAUUUCUUUCUUGACAGAUGAGUGACCUGUCACAUAGUCAUAUCCUAUUUGACCCUUUUAUAAAAGAAAGAUUUAGGGCUGGAGAGAUGGCUCAGAGGUUAAGAGCACUAACUGCUCUUCCAGAGGUCCUGAGUUCAAUUCCCAGCAACCACAAGGUGGCUCACAACCAUCUGUAAUGAGAUCUGGUGCCCUCUUCUGGCCUGUAGUCAUCCAUGCUGUAUACAUAAUAAAUAAAUAAAACUUAAAAAAAUAAAUUUAAAAAAAAGAAAGAUUUAGCUAGGCAGACUGAUGCAUGCUUUUAAUCCCGGCACUUAGGAGGCAGUGGCAGAGGCAGGUGCAUCUCUGUGAGUUUGAGGCCAGCCUGGUCUACAGAGUGAGUUCCAGGAUAGCUAAGGCUACACAGAUAGAUCCUGUCUCAAAAAAAAGGUCAAAUAAAUAAAAUUAAAAAUAAAUAUGUGGUGAUAUUCUGUUUGUGCUCUAACAAAUGAAGCUUGCCUGGAGAUCAGAGUGUGGAGCUAGCCACUAGUUAACCAAUAUCUGGCUGUGGGAUUUUAUUAUUAAGACCAAUUAGAAUUUGUGCCACAUAAAUAAAAUAAAAAGGUCUACUUAUUUUUA